CCAGACCGAGCAAGAAGGUGCUACACACACUCGCACACAUUUUCUCUCUCUCUGAUCGCUGAGCUAGGUUUUAUCCAUGGCGGCGAGAAAUGCACUCCUCAAGUACCUGCGUGUGAAUGUGACACCCGUUGUUCAAAACCCUAGAGUAAUUGGAGGAGGAGUAAUUCAGCUGUUCAGGCGCCAUUUCUCCGAGGAAGUCAGAGGAUCUUUCCUCGACAAAUCUGAGGUCACUGAUCGAGUGGUUACUUGCGUUAAAAAUUUCCAGAAAGUCGAUCCUUCCAAGGUUACACCAACUGCCCAUUUCCAAAAUGAUCUUGGGUUAGACAGUUUAGAUACAGUUGAAAUUGUAAUGGCACUUGAAGAAGAGUUUGGAUUUGAGAUUCCUGACAGUGAUGCAGACAAAAUUAGCACCAUUACUCAUGCUGUUGAACUCAUUUCAUCUCAUCCUCAGGCUAAAUAAGGAGAGUAAGAGUAUGUGAUGUCAUCAACAACUAUUUUGUUUGUUUUUUUUUGAAUUCUCAUGCAAAAUCUCUAGUUCAGAUAUCAGAUCAUCUGCUGGAUUUGUUACACCAUUUUGCAUAAUUCCAAUUAAUCGGAAAUUACUUUAGUAUAACUUGAAUGAUUAAUUUGUGUCAGAUAUAUGUUUGUGUAUCUCUGUUGCUUAAAUAAGUGCUUUUGUGGCUGCA